AUGAGUGUGGGUCUCUUCCGGCUGUACGGGAUCCAGGAGCACCGGCCGACACAAGCGGUGGUGGCGUCCCGAGAGACUUUCGGCAACGGCUUCCCUGCGGGGUUCGCUGACAACUUCCCGACGAAGGAAUUCAUGGGGGACUUCACAAGUGUGACGAGUAACAAGGGAGGAAGAGUCAGAAGACAGGCCAGCAUCACCUCAGACAUCGAUAGCAUUCUGAAUGGCCCUUACGGCGGCGCCCUCGACAACGACCAUCUCCAGGCUCUCCUGCUGCGCGGUGCCAACAUCAGGUUUUCUUCACCUCCUCAGGGAUCCUUCCGCCCCCAGCAGGAGACUCGCUCUCCUGAUCUCCCAUCCCCUGAUCGUCCUUUCUCCCCAUCGUUCUUCCAGUCCCCUCGGUUCUCUCCUUCUCGCUUUACUCCUUCCAAUCCUCCCUUCCAUUCCCAGCCUCAAAAAAGGCAGGAGCCCUUCUCCUCUGAGUCCUUCACGGGACAACAGUUUGAUUCAUUUUCGGACAUUGACUCCUUCUUCGACUCGGCACGGCUGCCCCGCCAGCGGCGAGACGUGGCAGCAGCGGCAGCACCGAGGGACGACGCGGGGAGCGCGCAACACACCUUUGUGUCUCCUGAAGAAGGUUCGAGUCCAGAUUCAGUUACUAGCUUGCUUAGCCAGGACCGUGGGGUUGCCGGGCGUGAGCAGGCACAGCUUGACCAGGUGGGGGGCAGGCGGGAGCACAUCCUUGGGCAGACUUCCUCACACCCUUUCGCUGUGCCCUUUGUGGUGCCCAAUGCAUUUGAGCUUUUGGGCAUCAGGCGGCGUAAUGACAUCUCAGCGACAGCUCAGGAGCGGCAGGGGAGGCAGGUAGGCAUCAGUGACGCCAUUGACAACCUGCUAAGGUCACCGUACAAUGGCCGCAUGCCGACCUCACUGCACAGCCUCUUCAGGAGUGAGGACCGCCGAGUGGUGCGCAACCCUUCACCUCACCCAGGCCUCCCGUUCCAUUCGUUCACAGCGGUGGGCACUGACAACCCCUCGCUGGCUGCCGUGCGGCUGUUCCCAAAUGGCCAGCCACCACUACCUCCUCGAUCCCAUUUUGCCGUGACCCACCACGAGCAACCCCGCCUCUUCAGACGCACCCGGAGGGACGUCGGGCAGGGAGAUGAUGUGAACUUUUACUCUGAUGCCUACCACUUUAGGGCAGAGGCUGUGAAGCCCCGCAGGGCACGCCACCUCAUUCCUGAGGAAAGGUCUUUCCCACUCCCCGGGAAGGAGUUCGGGGAGAUCAUUGUUCAUUAUGAUUAUGGAGGCGAAGACCCAACAGAUGACUCUGGGCGGGUGGUGGCGCUGCACGACGAGGAGGUGGCGGCCCUCCUCUCACCCUUCACUGACAGACCCUCCGACCCAUCAAGCCCAAGGGAGAGGAAGCCCAGGCCUCACACCAGCCCGAGGAAGGUGAACCACAGGCCUCACCCCAGCCUGAGGGAGGAGAAGCCAAGACCCCACCCAGUUCUUGGGCAAGGAAUGCCCAGGCCUCGUCCUCGCCCUCACCCCAGCCACCCUGCACCCGCCAGGCCUCCCCCCCGUCAGCGCCACCGUCACCCCAAUCACAUACCUGCCUUCAAGCCCGGGCCGUCCCCUCCUGCCCACAUCCUGCCCCCGUCCUCAUCAAUCCGCGCCCCCAGACACGUGCUGUUGGAGAACCAGCGACUGCCCCGCGCCACCAGACAACUGGACAUUCCCUUGACCCGCAGAAUGCUCCUGCUGGAUGACUCGCUUGACCCUGUGCCAGAGAGCAGCAGUGGGUUCAUAGUGGGUAAACCAGCAGGCUUCCCAGAGUUUGCAUCCAUUGGUGGGUUUGGACCAAUGGAGGAUGUGGAUAAAACAGAUGUUGCUGGAAGCUUCAUGCAAACCAUCAACUUUCCAUCAGUGGACUUUGGGCCCAUUGAUGACAGCCACCCUCCCUUCCCCCAGACCCCCACCUUCCCCCAGACUCCCUCCUUCCCCCAACAGAAGACUCAAGAUGUGGAACUUGAUUCAGAUGUGGAAAAGACCAGGAGACGCCGAGCAGUGACAGAUGAGGAUGAGGAAGAACAAACGAACCCGUACCUUGCUUCACUAAUACCACACAAGCGAGUGCAUCGGGUUCAGACAGAGACCCACACCCCUCACAGCCGAAAGCCACGUGAGGAUACUGACAUGGAGACCUCCCCUGCUGAAAUCCCUCAGUACUUCAGCUCAGUCUCAAAUUUUGAAUUCCCACGCUUGCAACCCAGACACAGGCAGUCACCAGCCAUCAGCAGGUCAACACAUGUUACAAGUCAGUUCUCUAGUCAUUAUUCCCCUGCUGAGCUGAGAAGGGAGGACAGACAUCACCCACCUCACACUCAAGAUCCAGACUACACACAACCUGACGGACAAAGAUUCUACCCUUCAUUUAGUGGCCAUCAUAUUUCUCCACAAAUCUCACCCUCCUCCCGAGCUCCUUUCUUCCCCUCACGGCCCAUCCCACCCCAUGUUCCAGGGCCAAGAGGUAGUAGGUUUCUCACUAGGGGCGUAGGAUUCAGGGAACGACCCAACCCUACACCAAGGGACCCAGUGGGCUUCAGGGAGCUACAUCACCAGGGACCGCCAGUGAGAGAGACCUCCUCUCAUAUCACGCCUGAUGCAGCGUUCUCUGCUAGCCGCCGCCCCUUCCACCGGGAACAGGAACACUUUGGACAUGACAACUCCAUCCUGGGAUCGGGGAACUUUGAGGUGCUCCGUGGGGGAACCUUUUAUGAUCUGGAGGACACUAAUGGCCACCAGCACUAUGACCACCUCCUGCAUGGAGAUGACUUUGGCUUCUUCCCGGCUGUACGACCCCCAUCCCCUCCUCACACUAACUACGUGGAUGACUUCUUCUCCAACUUCAGGGACUUCUCAGAGUUCGCAAAGAGGAGAUCUGAUGAGGGAGAGUCAACCUACGUGGAAGAUGAGUACAACCCUGAGCCCUACAGCCGAGGGUACGGCUCAGAGCACAUACACCAGUUUGCUUUGUCCAAUGCAACACUUGAGGUGAUGAAUGUAACCCUCACCAAUGUCACAGAAACAAAUAUUAAGUCUGAGAAUACAAACUCCUUACCAGUGACAGAAGAAAAUACAACAGACAGACCUCACACAACAGUAACAGGACACACCCAGCAGACACAUAAACGACCCAACAACAUCCAAGAGGUGCUGGAGGAGGUGGACCCUCAUCCCAGUGACUACACUGCCAGCACUACUGCUGUUGAGGAGAAGGACCCCAUGAUAGCCAUGUUCUGAGACCUCCAUGUUCAUGUCACUUCCCAUUUGACUGACGGUUAUAAAUUAUAUGUAUCAAAGAAGACAAACUGUAAAUAUACUGUCUGUUUGCUAGUCUGUGUCCAUAGUUCAUAGAAGGAAAUGUGUGUGGGUGACUUAGUUUGUCAAACUCUUGGGUCUGUUACAAAAAUGUGAUGUAAUUAUUUCAGUAAACUAUCUAGCACCACAACAUUAUGUAAGUUGUACCUCUAUACUGGUGCAAAAUGUCUCAUUACAUAACACAAAGUGGUGUGUUAAGUGUGGAUUAAAUCACUGCUGUAUCAUAAUGUUACCUACGCCAUAAUGCUGCGUUGAGUGCUGCCCAAAACACUACAUUGUUAUUUUGUAUGUGAGAAUUCUGUGUCCUAUCAUCUCUCUCUUUUUCUCUCUCUCUGUGCUGGAGCUGGCCUCUCAGUGCACUGUUUACCACUAUCUUUAGGUUAUAGGUCAUAUUUUUAUACAAAUGCACACCCUAGAAUAGUAUGAAAAUACUGUAAACUAGAUAGUUAUGGGGAAGCUCUGUUAAUACCAUUCAUUAUUAUUAUUACAUAUCAUUGUUAUCUUCCUUAUCAUCAUUACUGCUAUUUUUAUUAUCAUUAUUAUUAUUAUUAUUAUUAUUAUUAUUAUUAUCAUUAUUAUUAUUAUUAUUGGGGGAGGAGAUGAGAGAAACACAGGUAUUUGGAUGUUCAACACCUGUGUUUCUCUUACCUUCUCCCCCAAUCUGUUUGAAUGUCUGAACAUUAUUAUUAUUAUUAUUAUUAUUAUUAUUAUUAUUAUUACUAUUACUGGGAGAAGGAAAUAUAUUUUUACCAUCUAUGAAGCUAAGUGUGCACUGAAAACACUUUCAUAAUUAACAAACUGAUGUAAUUUCACACUACAAAAGAAUAGGAUUGGAAAACAUGACUGUUGAGCUACUUUUCUAUAACAGAUUGCCUGAAGAAAAAAAAAAAAUAAUGUAGUCUAAUGUUCUAAGAAAAAACUUAUUCACUCCAACAAAAUAACACUGCUGAAAAUGUUACGAUGCUUAAAUCGUUUAAAUGUACCGAAGGAAUACAAGUAAAUGAAUGCCAAAAUUACACACAUUCAUCUUAAUUCUUUGCCCUAUUUGUUUAUUCACACCUGUGCACACUAGUUAAUUACCUCACCUAGGAUUGUGUUUACAUGAGUGGAGCACGUAAUACUGGUUCUCAGAUUGUUCUCAUGUGUAUAUACGCAUUAUGCCAAUAAAGAAUCAUAUGCGCACAA